AUUUUCUGUUGUCAGCAUUUCCUAUUCUUCUUAAAUCAUGUAUGCAUUAAGAAGAAAGAACAUAACUAGAUCUGCAUUAACAAAAAGAAAAUGGCGGAGCCAGAAAAAUUAUCUCACGUAGUCAUAUAUAUUAGAAAAUUGAAACUGAAGGUGAAAAAGAAAAAAAAAAUAAAAAGUUGAGGACUUAAACAAAAAAAAACAAAAUGGGUCAAAAUGUAAAAUUUAGUGGGGUCAAUUCAUAAAACUUAAAUAAAUACAAAGCAGUUUUAUAAAUUUGGUGGGGUCUGCUGACCUCACUAUGUUGUGAAUAGCUCAACCUCUAACCAUUAACUAGUCAUUUUGCUUUUAAGAAAAUCAAUUUUUGGAAUAUUUUUUUAAGAAAUUAGGAAUAUCAUAAAAUCACUAAAACAUUUUUUAUUCUGAAAUAGCAUAUAAUUUAAAAAUAAAAAAUAUAAUUAAUCAAAACUUUUUAUAUUUAAACAUGGUUGUGAUUAUAGUUUAGAAGGUGGAUUAGAAUAAUCGUUUAAAAACUAGAUUAAUUUAAUUAUUUUAUAUUUAAUUAAUGUUGUUUUGAAGGUUUUUAUGUAUUAUUUUUAUUAUAAAAAUUUUAUGUUAUCAAAAUUUUUGAUUUUUUAAAGGUUAUUUUUAAAAAGAUGUAACUGAUUUUAAGAAAAGGUGUGAGAACAUUUUCUGGCAAAAGAAAAACAUUACAAUCAUUCAAUACGUACAUGUACUUACCUUCUGCCACGCCUUCUUAUCAAUGUCAACCAGAGACAGUGAUGAUUAAUCUGGCGUCAUAGCAGGAUUCCAACGUUUAGUUGACAAAGACAUCCAUCAAAUUGCUUAAAGGUGUUUUGAACAUGCCAAAUUAGUUAGAACAAACACCAUUAGAUUUGUUUGAUGCAAUGUAUGAUUACAAACCAAAAGUGCUUAUGCCAUCCAUCUUUGUUUGAAUUUCGUCUCUAAGAAUUAACAUCAAAAUAAAAGUUUACAGAAUACACAGUAUUCUUUAUCAGUAAUCUCGAAUUAAGUAAUCAAUCUAUGUUAUCAUACGAAUCAUUAUAUAUAUAUAUAUAUAUGUGUGUGUGAGUUCAUGUAAAAGUAAAACGUUAGUGCAAAAGUAAGAAUACUUUAUAUCAUUUCGUGUAAAAUGUCUACCUAGAUCGGUAUGUAUUCUGUUAGAAAAUUAUACAGUUCGACUCGGAUGGAAUAUUAUAUUGGCCAAUCAAAUGCGUGCUUAAUUAAGUGCGUACGUACCUAUUCUUACUAACAAAUCUGGACAUAUUAAUUACAACCACCAACAUAUAAUCUGAUAAUCAGAAGUAGGUCCAUGCAUGUACCUACCAAACAAGUUAAUAUUCAUCGUCUAUUGUUUACCAAUAGUGUUUUGGCAUUUAUCUUUACGCAUCUCACAGCCGCAAGUAUAAACACUAUAGGAUUCUGUUUCUAGGAAACACACGCCACAGGCAUGUAUGUCUGCACUGCACUAACCUAUUUUUACGUAUUGUAUUAUGAUUACUUUACUCGGUGAUUGCUUACAAAUGUCAAUAAAUAAAAGUAACAUAUAUUUAAUUUGUUAUCUUUCAAGUUGUCCAAGACGAUCUGGCCUUGUGAAUAAAUAAUUAUUCACUUAUACUACAUGUUAACAUUUACAGUCUAUACAUGCAUGCAGAGCAACAAAGAAGUGUGAUAAAAAUGUGUGGUCAGUUAAACAUCACAAAAGUUUGAUAUCAAACGAAGAAAAAAAUAAACAUAUGGUAAAUCAAGUUUUUAUUUUAUAUUUGUUUAUAUAUAAAAUGCAUGGUAUUAUAUUGGAUGUGUCCUUGCGAACUGGGGUGAUUAAUUAAUUAAAUUAAUGACAAUGGUUAAUGUCUUAAUGAUACUGUUAAUUAAGAAUUACGAUUGCAUGCUUCUAGGAGCGUGCACGUCACGUACCGCGAGUUAGCUUCUAGAUAUUGUAAGAAAAACGAGACAGUAUAAAGACAAGACAGCAGAUUACUUUAUAAAUUUUAGUUACUUCCAAAUAUUUAUUGAUAAGACAUUCCUACGAGAUUGACAAACACAAGAUACAUGUAAAAUAAAAAAAAUGAAACUGCUUAUUUUUAAGAAUACUGUAAUUUAAAUUUAUUAUGUAUAAGCCAUAGUAGUAGAGUGUUGAGCGCAAUCUACGAGAAGGAUCCAGUCAAGACUUUGGGUUUGAAUAUUAAAAAAUAGCUACAACCAAAUCUUAAAUUAGAUACUUCGUAAAAGUUUUAGAUCAUAGUGUACAUUAGUUUUCAUUUGACUAGGCAAAAUCUUGUGAAAAUAAAAAAAAAACACUUUUACCUCCUUUUUCUCUCGGAAACUCUAAUUUAAAAUUAUUCGUACGGUGAAAGAUUUCUCUUAAACUAAAGUUUUCUUAAUUUUUUUUUUUUUGUCACUUUCCACAAUUCUAAAGCGGAAGAAAAGAGCGAACAGUUGAGAAAACAAAUUAAAUCUCACUUCUAUUUUUGUGUGUCAACAUUCAACAAGUCGAUGUAGUAAAUAAAUAGAAUUUUAAAAUUAUUUACUUUAUUUUUUGGUUUUCACUCCGCUCUUCGUCUCCUUCCUCUCUUCUUUCUCCGAGACUGUCUCUCUCUAGAAAUCACUCUUUUUUUUUGCAUUGCUCUUUUCUUCAUCGCGAGAUCCCCAUCUCUCCCGAUGAUGCAUUGAUCGGAAUAUGUGAUCGUAUAAAUCUUCUCCGUCGUUUCUAUCUUGUUCAGCCAUUGAAGGUCAUCGCUCUUAGUUUUAUCUCCUCACUUAGAGAAUCCAUAGGGAAAGUGAGAUUUUUAGACGAUUAAGCUAUAUAUAUAUAUUUUUUUUUGUAAUCUUAUUUUAAGACACAAUGUUGAAGCCUAUUAAACAUGUGUCGGAACCUGACACUGUCGCCGAUAAGCUUCGCAGAUCACUGAAUAUGUCAAAUAGUAAACCAGACAAUGUUCAUGUCGAAUUCGGAUCGCCAAUUACUCCACUUCAGACACAACCGAGUGGACUCACCUCCGCGGCAACCACCACUUCCAACAGUAGCUUCAGUUCUAGCUCAUCCGGAUCGGUAUCGGGCCGUGCCGUACACACUCCGGUUUCAACAAAAACCGACUCCGGUCGGUCAAAUCCCUCCGCCGUACAAUCUUCUAGGGCCACCGCUCCCUCCGCCUCUCAAACUUCUAAGACAAGCAAUCCCUCCGCCGCUAAAUCUUCCAAGUCCACCACUUCCGGGUCUAGCAACCCCGCCGGCGCUAAAGCGGGGUCGAACCCGAGACCGGGACGUGUCUCUUCAGCGUCGGACUCAGCUUCUGGCUCAACAAAACGAUCAACAAAAAGCUCGACUCCGCCGCCGCAGCCGGUGAAAAUCCUCCCCGGCGGGAAUCUUUUCCCGUCCGGGAAGGUUCAUAUAACAGGGAUGACACAAGGAGUGCCAAAACGCAUGAUUCUCGGACCAGGCUCCAAGUCCUACGGAUACGGUAGCGUAAUGCGAGGAACAAACAGCUAUUCGUCAACGCCUGCAAAGCUAACAACGAGUUCUGGUUCUUCUUCCUCCGGUGCACUCGUAAUAUCCCGCUGCUCUAGCGGUGGUGGUGGCUCUGAGGUGGAUACGUCGUGGAAGAGAGUGAUGAACAGUCCCAAUCCAGAGGAGGUAAAGAGACUUGGAAACGAAAUGUUCAAGAAAGGUUGUUUCAGUGAGGCUUUGAAGUUUUACGACCGAGCGUUAGAGCUCUCGCCGAGUAAUGCCACUUACCGUAGCAACCGAGCAGCUGCUUUGUCUGGUUUAGGUCGGAUUGCUGAAGCUGUGAUUGAGUGUGAACAUGCUAUUAAACUGGAUCCGAAUUUUGCAAGGGCUCAUCAUCGUUUAGCCACAUUGCUUCUUAGAUUAGGUCAAGUUGAUAAUGCGGGGAAGCACUUCUUUUCUGUGGAGGAGCCAUCAGAUCCCAUGGUGGUGAAGGUGCUUGAAGAAGUUGAUAGACACUUGAACAAAUGCGCAGAAGCAAGAAGACGUGGUGAAUGGAAUAUUGUUUUGACAGAAGUAAGUGCAGCUAUGGAGUCUGGAGCUGAUAUGUCUCCUCAGCUAGCUAUGUGUAAAGUUGAAGCACUAAUGAAGCUCCUAAGGCUUGAUGAGGCUCAGACAAUACUAGCAUCUGCCCCCAAAAUAGAAAUAUUAUUACCAUCAUCUUUCACACGGAUUCGGUUUUUCGAUAUGAUCUCUGAAGCUUACACAUAUUUUGUAAAAUCUCAGAUGGAAUUGGCUCUAGGAAGGUUUGAAAAUGCGGUUACAUUUGUAGAGAAAGCUUCAGAAAUGGAACCACGAAACAGUGAAAUUGAAACAUUGAAUAGAAACGUUAAAAUGAUUGUUAGGACGCGAGAUCGUGGUAACGGUCUUUAUAACUCAGAAAGGUACACUGAAGCGAGCGCAGCUUAUGCAGAAGGCCUUAAGUUUGAUCCAUACAAUGCUACUUUGUUCAGUCAUAGAGCUGACUGUUUCUUUAAAGUUGGGAUGUGGGAGAGCUCAAUAGAAGAUUGUAGCCAUGCAUUGCUCAUUCUACCGAGUUGCACAAAGGCUCGUCGUCAAAGAGCUGCCUCAUACAGCAAGCUGGAGAGAUGGGCUGAAGCAGUUAGCGAUUAUGAAACGUUGAGAAAGGAACUAUCUUAUGAUAGAGAAAUAGCUGAAUCUUUGUUUCACGCUCAAGUUGCAUUGAAGAAAUCUCGUGGAGAAGUAGUUUUAAACAUGGAGUUUGGAGGUGAAGUUGAGGAGGUUUUUAGCCUUGAAGAGUUAAAAGCUGCAUUGACCCGUCCAGGAGUUUCUGUUGUACUUUUUAUGAAAGCCUUUGAUCAACAAUGCAAAGAGAUAUCUAUUUUUAUGAAUGCACUAUGUAUUCGUUACCCAUCUCUGCACUUCCUCAAGGUGGAGAUAGAGAAAUGUCCUGGAGUGGGUGAUGCAGAGAAAGUGAGAGUUGUGCCAACCUUCAAGAUUUACAAAGUUGGUAUUAGGAUGAAGGAGAUUGUGUGCCCAAGCAAGGAAGCACUGGAGAUUUCAGUGAGACACUAUGGCCUUUAGCAAACUCUCAAACAUAUUUACUUGGUUCAUAUAAAAAAAAAGAGGAAGAUAAAAAUUUUGUCAAUAAUCUCUCAGAGUUAGGUAGAGGAUUACUUCUGAUUCGGUUCAUUCAUUGCUCGGUUAUUAGAGAUUAAAUGUGUACAUAGACAAAAUUUUGCUUAGGUGAUUAAACCCUAUAAAAUAAACAGAGAAAGAGAGAGCCAUUCAUUCAUGUUGUCAAAACAUUUUUGCCAUGAAUAAAAAUUCUUCCUGUAAAAUAUUGUUGAAUUACCGUUUUUCUUA